UUAAAACAUGGACACUUAAUACUAUAUUUAGGGUCCAUGGUUAAAACAAAUCUCAGUGGUCCAUAGCGUACGUUCUGAUAUGGAUUUACCCCAAAAUACACAUCACUUGAAACUGUGAGGCUUGGUGGAAUCUAGAAACAAUUAUUAUCGUGAAAUGUCAAAGGCUGCCCGUGUCAAGUCACUGGACAAAAGAGUCGACAUAAAUGGAAAACCUCGUUUACAACUACACAAGAAAGAAAUGUCAGUAUUGAACAUCUCACUACCUCACAAUAGUUCGAAGAUUCUGAAAUGUUGCCAACUGUGUUUUCGACAGUUUUCAAAUUCUUCCAAAAUGCCAUCAAAAGUUGCAACGUCAACAAAGUUUGUUCCAAACAGCCAACCAGUUUCAGAGGAAGAGAUCGAAUCUUUACAGCAGUUUAUGGACAGGAGUGAACGCCUCCUUGUAUUAACAGGGGCAGGAAUCUCCACUGAAAGUGGAAUUCCCGACUACAGGUCUGAGGGAGUAGGUCUGUAUGCCACAAGCUCCAACAGACCUGUACAGUAUGUAGAUUUUUUGAAAGACGCAAAGAUCCGUCAGCGGUACUGGGCAAGGAAUUUUGUAGGAUGGCCCCGGUUCUCCUCCUUUUCACCAAACAAGUCCCAUUUGACUUUAAGUUCUUGGGAGAAGAAGAGAAAGGUGUCGUGGCUGGUGACACAGAAUGUUGAUGCGUUGCACUACAAAGCUGGCAGUACACAGCUGACCGAGUUACAUGGGAGUGCACACAGGGUGGAGUGUCUGUCAUGUCGGAAGGUCUUGCCGAGACACGAAAUGCAGGAGCUGAUUCAAGCCAGAAACCCUAAAUGGCAUGCAGAGUCUUUUGAGAUGGCCCCUGAUGGUGAUGUGGCUUUGUCUGCUGAACAAGUCCAAGGCUUUCAGGUGCCGUCAUGUGACAGCUGUGGUGGAGUUCUCAAACCUGAGAUAAUAUUCUUUGGAGACAACGUUGCUCGACACAUUGUGGACCUCGUCUUUAGAAAAGUCUCUGAAAGUGAUGCAGUACUUGUAAUAGGUUCAUCCUUGGAGGUGUAUUCUGGCUAUCGGUUUGUCAACAGGGCCCACAACGAGAGUAAACCAGUCGCUAUUGUGAACAUAGGAAGAACCAGAGCAGACGAUCUGGCUCAGCUCAAGAUAUCAGCUAAAUGUGGGGACAUAUUACCAAAAAUACAAUUGUAAGACCUGUGGCCGUAGUUAGAAACAUUCUCAUUUCAUUAAUACUCUUACCUUACUGAGAACAUUAGCUGAGAGUUACAUUUAAGAGUGUAGUGAUAAUAGUUCUAAGUGUAACUUUUAACUGAGUAAAACUGUGAGAGCAACUCUUUGUUUGGAUUGUAAUCAUGACCAGGGAAAUCCCCAUGCUAUUUUUAGAAAUGUGAGCACUCUUUAGAUUCAGAGGUAGAAUUAUGACACUGCUGAUCCUGUCAUCCAUUUAACAUGUUGAUGAAUAGUGCAAGGUGAUUGAUUGUAAUUGCAAUUUUCAGCCCAAGUGCUACUGCACUUCUUUUGAUUAUACAUGGUGAUAAACCAUAUUUCUGUUCUUGAAAAUGUCUCCAAUGGCUGCAAUGUCACACGGCAGCCAUUUUGUAGACUUAAGAAAAUUCUUAAUUAUUUAGAGCUCUGUGAGGACUAAGUUUCGCUCACUCCAAGAGUAAACUUAAGUCUGAAGGGGCUUUUUAUAACUAGGUCUUAAGACAAUUCUAACUUUGUAAGAGAAAUUUUUAGAGAAUUCUCAAUUCUUUCUACACUUAAAAGUCACUCCUAAUUCUGAGAAUGUUUGUAACUAUGGCCCCUUGUGUAUUCUUUGUACAUGUUGUAAAAAAUGAUAAACCUUUAAAACAUCUUGAUAUGAAAACAUUUUAUAUCCAUCACAGUCGAAGGGAGAUAACUUUCUGCAACAAUUUUGAAUCCCUCUACUUAAAGCUCACAUUAAGAUGAAUUGUGUUUGAGAUGAGUAAUUAAGUGGUACACAAAUAACCCAGUUUGGGCCAAGUGCUCUCCCUUGGCACGACGACCAAGAAAAAGCACAUGUAUGUAAAAAUCCAUACAGCCACCACAGGAAAAUUCAGCAAACAGUCAAUGGACAUAAACACAUACCCAAAGCAGAUAUUCCUGACUGAAGAAUGUAUCAGUAGCUUUGAAUACACAAUUAUUGAUUG